AUGCUUAAGAAAAAGAGAGGGAAGGAGGGAAAUGCGGCCAAGUACACGACGCGCAAUCAGGCGCUCGUGCGCCUGCAGCUCAAACUAGCCGACUUCAGGCGGCUGUGCAUCCUGAAGGGCAUUCACCCGCGCGAGCCGAAGAAGAAGACUAAGGGCGCGCACAAGACGUACUACCAUGUCAAGGACAUCAACUUCCUCGCGCACGAGCCGCUGCUCGAGCUCCAAAGGGAGAUGCGCGCGCAGAGGAAGAAGAUCCGCAAGGCCAAGGGGCGCCUGGAGACGGACAAGGUGGAGCGACUGGAACGCAGCAUGCCGCGCGUGUCACUGGACCACCUUGUGAAGGAGAGGUACCCAUCGUUCAUGGAUGCGACCAGGGAUCUGGAUGAUGUAUUGACCAUGCUGCACCUCUUCGCCACCCUGCCACUCCCAUUCCCUUCCCGUUCCCUCUCUGGCCUCUCUCACGCCCCUCCCCCUCUCAUGCACCCACGCAGGUACCCAUCGUUCAUCGACGCUAUCAGGGACCUUGACGACGCGCUCACCAUGCUGCACCUCUUCGCCACUCUGCCCGCCGAUGCCACCUUCCGCAUCCCUGCCACCCGCGUCAACAAUGCGCGCAGACUGUCUCUGGAGUGGCAGGCAUACAUCACGCGCACUCACGCCCUGCGCAAGGUGUUCGUAUCGGUCAAGGGCAUCUACUACCAGGCGCAGGUCGUGGGGCAGCCAGUGACGUGGCUGGUGCCACAUCAGCUCAUGCAGGUCAUGCCCACUGACGUGGACUUCCGCGUCAUGCUCACCUUCCUCGAAUUCUACGAGACCCUAAUGGGUUUUGUCAACUUCAAGCUGUACCACGAGCUGCGCCUCGCCUACCCUCCUCGCCUCGACCCGCGUCUCGAGAAGGCUGCAGCAGACCUGUAUGCUGUGAUGCGCAAGCUAGCAGAGGCGGCAGCGGCAGGCCACACGGCUCUGCAUUUACACGUGCUGUACCUGUAUGCGGUGAUGCGCAAACUGGCAGAGGCGGCAGCAGCAGCGAGGCAGAAGCGAGAGAGGAAGGCCUUCAAGGAAGCUGCCGCUGCUUCUGCCGCUCUUCUUGGCGCUGCUCCUACUGCUGCUGCGGCUGGUGCUGGUGAUGAUGCUGCGUUGCAAAAGAGGGCUGAGAAGAGCGCAGAUGGGGGAGGAGAGGAGGGGAAGGCAGAGGGAGAGGCAGACGGUGCUGCUGCUGCAUCGACAGCAGCAGAACCAGCAGCGGGAGAAGGAGAGGGCGCAGCGGCAGCAGAACCCGCAGUGGAUGCAGAGAAGGAAGCAUCAGAGAAGCUUCCCUUGCUGCGCAAGCAAGCAACAGCAUCGCGAAUGGCAUCUCUACAGAGCCGCCUAGCAGCCAUGGCUGCCGCAGCAGAGGCCAACCCCGACGAGGAGGAGAAGGCAGAGGGUGGUGCGGGGAGAAAAGGCGCGGGUAGAGCAGAGGCAGAGGAGGAGGAGGAGGAGGAGGAGGGGGACGAGGAUGAUGAGGAGACGAGGGCGUGUGGGCGGUUGUUCAGAGGGCUUGUGUUUUUUCUCGGGCGGGAGGUGCCCAGGGAGCCGCUGCUGUUUGUGAUUCGGGCGUUUGGGGGCAAGGCCAGCUGGGAGGGCGAGGGUGCACCGGCUCCUGAGACUGAUGAAGCCAUCACUCACCAGGUGGUGGACCGGCCGCAGCAGAAGCACCGCAAUCUCUCACGGGACUACGUGCAGCCGCAGUGGGUGUUUGACUGCGCCAAUGCACGCAUCCUGCUGCCCUCCGCGCCCUACGCCCCUGGCCUUGUACCGCCACCCCAUCUCUCCCCCUUCGUGAACCACGAGGAGGAGGGCUACCUGCCCGACUAUGCCGCGGCGAUCCAACGGCUGAAAGAGGCCGCAGCGGCGCGAGAUGCUGCACAGCACAAAGGGGCGGCAGGGGGCAUGCUGGGCAUGGGGGCAGGGGGGUCGCUGAUGGAGCUGGAGGGGGCGCAUGAAGUGAGGAUGAGUGGCGAGGGGAGUGUGGCGGUGGGUGGAGGGGAGGACGAGGUGAAGGCAGAGGAGGCUGCACUGGCUGCCAAGAUUGCAGAGGUUGCGGCUGAAGAGAAGGCCUACGCUGCUGAUCUGGCCAAGGAGCUUUCAGGGGUUCCGUUCUCCUCCUCGCUGGUCCAAGGCAAGGGUAUCAAGGACAGGGAGGAGGACGAUGAGGGGGAUAACACUGCGGAAGGAGAGGAAGAGGAAGAGGGCGAAGGAGGUGAGGCAGACGAGGAAGAAGAUGAGGACGAGGAAGGGGAGGGUGAGGAGGAGGAGGAGAGGCAAGGAGGAGCAGCAGCAGUGCCAGCAGCUGGGGAGGAGAAUGAGGAGGACGGGGGCAAGGCGGCUGCGCGCAUGCUGAUGAGUCGCAAGAGGCGGGGGCUGUAUGACGCCAUGCAGAUGGGCCGAGCCAAGAAGGCUGCCGGUGUUGCUCUCCUGCACGAGCGCCGCCUUAAAGCCGCUGCUGCUGCCGCUGGUGGUGGUGCUGCUGCAAAGGGUGCUGGUGGUGCUGGUGGUGGUGCAAAGGGUGCUGGUGGUGGUGCAAAGGGUGCUGGUGAGGGUGGUAAGAAGGGUGGGCAACAGGGGAAGAAAGCGAAGCAGGAGAAGAAGGGGUGGCGAUAA